AUGAGUGGUCCUGGAUCUAUGCAAAAACUGCUUCAGGCUGCGCAUGUAACCCCGGAGAUCUUCGAGCUUCGUCCUGAUUAUCGCGCUCUGUUGAUGGUCGUUGAUGGUAUACCCCCGGGUCCUAGUGACGAUAGCAGCGAGGCUCUUUUGCGCGAGGCCGAGACUUCUGCCAAAGGUUUUCUGUCGAAAUAUACAGUUACUGAAAUUCCACAUAUCGCUACGUGGCGAGAAGCAUAUAAGGCCUUUGGGGCGAAACCCCAGAAAACACGCAAUAGCCUGGAAGCGUUGACCCGCCGCGCAGAAGGCGGCCUACCUCGUGUGAACCGGUUGACAGAUAUCUACAAUGCGAUUUCCGUGAAGCAUCAGGUACCCCUCGGUGGCGAAGACCUCGACAAAUAUAAUGGAUCACCAUUUCUGACCCGUGCUAGCGGGCAGGAGCAGUUCCAGACUUUUUCUGGAGGGGAGGCUCAAAUCGAAUGCGCUGCACCAGGUGAGCCAAUAUGGUGUGACGAUACUGGCAUCACCUGUCGUCGUUGGAAUUGGCGCCAGGGCCCGAGGACUGCAUUGACCGACAAGACCACGCGCGUACUGUUUAUUUUGGAUGCAUUGGAGCCACUUUCGGACCACGCUUUGAUCCAGGCUGCCGAUGAGCUUGCUUCUGCAUUGAAGCGCCUGUCCCCAGAAGUACACACUGCACAGAGAAUCAUCCGCGCUUCCUCAUCAGCUCAGCUUAGUGAGUCUUGA